UCGUGACAUCUUCGUUUUGCGGCUCUCGAUGCGGUAAUCCCGGGGAAUAUGUGAGGAUCAUGCUGGCGGUGUGGUGCUUCAUGGUCUUUGCUGCAGUGGGCGAGAGGCUCGCGGUCUCAGGUGUGGACAGGACCCCGGUGCAGGAUGGGGGCAUGUGGGACUGGUUCCUCCCGCCGGCGGGACAGUGGGACAGCGGAGACGUCGCCACCGAGGUCACGUAUCCAAAGAGACUGGUGCAGCAAACCAGGUCGGAGGAGGAAAUGGCUCACGACUACCUGGAUACCAGGGUGAAGAACGGCGCCGGGGACGCCUUGCCUGUCCACCUGGCGCAGAGCUGCUUCCAGGUAGAAGCCUUUGGACGCACCUUCACUCUGGACCUGGAGCUCAACCACCACCUCCUGUCUUCAGACUACGUGGAACGGCACUUUAACCAGGACGGCACGCCCCUGCAGUCCGUGGGAGGAGAGCACUGCUACUACCAGGGGAGGCUCAGAGGUUUACCAGACACCUGGGCAGCCGUGUCCACCUGCCACGGCCUGUGCGGCAUGUUCUCCGACGGCUUCUUCUCCUACGGGAUCGAGCCCCUUCACAACGGGACCAAUCAGGAUGACGGCGUUCACUUAAUCCGCAGAAUGCCUGAUAUCAGACUGUCUCCACACUGCCAAGACUGUCCAGAGGACCACGGCUGGGACAGCAGAGGAGGCGACGGUCUGGACGACAGGCCGGACCAAGCGGCGGAGCAGCAGGAGUCGAAGGGGCUUCGGCGAACCAAGCGAUUCGUCCGGAAGCCGUCUGUCCAGACCGAGACCAAAUACAUCGAGCUGAUGGUGGUCAACGACAACAACAUGUUUGUACAGCUGCGAAACUCCAUGAGCCAAACCAAGAACUUUGCCAAAGCUGUGGUCAACACGGCAGACACGAUCUAUCAGGAACAGCUGAACACCAGGAUUGUGCUGGUUGCCAUGGAGACGUGGUCGUCUAAAAACAUGAUGCCGGUGGUGGAGGACCCGCUGGUCACGCUGCAGAACUUCAUGAAGUACCGGAAAGACAACAUCAGAGAGCAGAGCGACGUCGUGCAUCUCUUCUCAGGUCGAACAUUUCACAGCAGCCGCAGCGGGACGGCGUACACAGGAGGAGUGUGCUCGCUCACUAGAGGAGGAGGAAUCAACGAGUACGGUAAUGUCGGCUCCAUGGCGAUCACCUUGUGCCAGAGUCUGGGCCAGAACAUCGGAAUGAAGUGGAACAACGUUCGUAACUCUGCAGGAGACUGCAGGUGUCCGGACGGCUGGGUGGGCUGCAUCAUGGAAGACACCGGAUUCUAUCAGCCCAGAAAGUUCUCUCGCUGCAGCGUUGACGAGUACAUCCAGUUCCUGCUCCAGGGGGGAGGGAGCUGUCUCUUCAACAAGCCCAAUAAGCUGCUGGACUCUCCAGAGUGUGGGAAUGGCUUCGUGGAGCCCGGGGAGGAGUGUGACUGUGGCUCCCUGGUGGAGUGUGCCCGGAGCGGAGGGGCCUGCUGUAAGAAGUGCACCCUUACCCAUGAUGCCAUGUGCAGUAACGGGCUCUGCUGCAGGAGCUGCAAGUACGAGCUGAGGGGCGUGGUCUGUCGAGAGGCGGUGAACGACUGCGACAUUCCUGAAACCUGCACCGGAGACUCCAGCCAGUGUCCGCACAACGUCCACAAACUGGAUGGCUACACGUGUGACAGCAGUCAGGGCCGGUGUUACGGCGGGCGAUGCCGGACGCGUGACGGCCAGUGCCGCGGACUCUGGGGCUACAACUCAGCAGACAGGUUUUGCUACGAGAAGCUGAACGCCGAGGGGACGGAGAAGGGGAACUGCGGCCCCGGUCCUGAAGGCCAGGGGUGGCUGCAGUGCAACAAGCCAGAUGUUUUGUGCGGCUUCCUGUUUUGUGCCAACGCAACGACGAAGCCGAAGUUUGGAGACCUGCAGGGCGAAGUGACCAGUUUCACCCUCUACCACCAGAACAAGUACCUGGACUGCAGGGGGGGCCACGCUCUGCUGGAGGACGGCUCGGACCUGGGCUACGUGGAGGACGGCACCCCCUGCGGCCCCAACAUGAUGUGUCUGGAGAGACGCUGCCUCCCUGUGGCCGCCUUCAACCUCAGCUCCUGUCCCGGGUCCAACUCCGGACGCAUCUGCUCCGACCACGGGACGUGCAGCAACGAGGUGAAGUGCAUCUGCGACAGGGACUACACGGGGAAGGACUGCAGCGUGUUCGACCCCAUCCCGGAGCCCACGGUCCCCACGGGGCCGGAGAAGAAAGGUCCCAGUGGCACCAAUAUCAUAAUAGGGUCCAUCGCAGGUGCUAUUCUCCUGGCAGCUAUAGUCCUAGGGGGAACAGGAUGGGGAUUUAAGAACAUUCGAAGAGGAAGAUCUGGUGGAGGAUAGGCUCUCUGUGUGUCUGUCUUGUCUCUGUGCUCCGUCCACCUGCGUCUUCCUCCUCGCACUGUGUCGUUUCCACAUCGAAGAAGAGGGGAACAUUAAGAAA